ACCAAUACUCUCCUGGCAAGUACUAUAUAAACGGCAAUGUUUAUAUUUGUCUUUCGUCAUUGUAUUCAUGUUUAUACACGCUACGGGUUGACAAAUUUAGUAAUUAAACGGGUACAAUUUAAGGCGUACAAUCACAAGUUUCAAUUACAAACUUAUUGUCCAACAAUUCAUUUCCCAAUCGCUAAUUUAUUCUAUUGAAAAGUACUAUGCAAGAGUCCUUGCAAUCAAAUAGAAGCUCUUUUGCUGGGUCUCAGCCCGAAACCUAUUACUACAAACCCAAUACGGAUGUCGAAAAUUUCGAUUCAAUUGAAUCGUUUGAAGAAAUAAAUGUCAACUUUUAUACCAAAGGUGUCGUUCCUGAAACUGACGAUCCUGAUGAGCCGUCACUUACCAUUCGUAUGCUGUUUUUGGGAACGAUAUGGGGCAUCAUUUUGGGUUUGGGAAAUGGCGUGUUAAACUUUAGAACAAACCCAAUUGGUAUCAGUUCUAUUAUGGCUGCCUUGAUGUCGUUUCCCAUUGGCAUUUUUAUGGCCAAACUCCUUCCAAAAGGGAUUUGGAAUCCAGGACCGUUUGGAUUGAAAGAGCAUGCUCUUGUUUUUGUGAUUGCCAGUGCAGCAGGUGGCUCUCCCUAUGGAAUCGAGAGCGUUGUUGGUCAAAUGUUUCCAAAAUUCCUUAACGAUACAAACAUUACAUUUUGGAACUCAUUAUUGUUUGUUGUCACGACCCAAAUGAUGGGAUACGGUCUUGCCGGUAUUACUCGGAAAUUUCUUGUCCAACCCUCGAGCAUGUACUGGCCAACUGUUUUGCCUACCGUUGCACUAUUUACCUCACUCCACGAAACUCAUGACUCGAGCCAAAAAAAAUCAACAUAUUGGUUAUCCAGAUCGCAGUUUUUCUGGAUCGCAUUCAUUGCCAUUUUUAUAUGGGAAUGGGUUCCGCUUUACUUUGUUUCGGCAGCGCAAUCUAUUUCAAUUCUCUGUCUUUUAUCCUCAAACAAAAUCGUUCGUUUUUUGGGUUCUUCGUCUCCAGACACUGGCCCUGGUGUAUUAUCUCUCUCACUAGAUUGGUCCAACAUCACCGGAUUCGCGCCGCUUAGUUGUCCAUUUUGGGCAUCUCUCAACCUUUUUGUAGCCAAUGUAAUUGGUCUCUGGGUCGUUCUUCCAGUACUGUACUACACAAACGCAUUUGGAAACCCCUCGUUGGAGCAUGUUUAUUCCUACAGCGAUAAAACCCCAUUUCCUCGAGUCAAUUCCGUUUCCAUAUUUCAAAAAAACGGUACAAGCAUAAGUCCUACCAUAUUUUACAACACUACCACGUACGAUCUAGACGAAACUAUAUAUAAUCGACUCCAGCCCAUUUACAUUACAGAAAACUUUGCACUCUCUUACUCUAUAGCUUUUUUCAACGUCACAUGUAGCAUUUCACAUAUUCUGCUGUGGUAUAAUAAGGAUGUUAUUCGACAGGCAAAAGAGCUAAUCUACCAGAAAAAGGAAUCUGGCGCAGAUAUUCACUCCGAGUUAAUGAAGGCAUAUCCAGAAAUUCCCGAGUGGGUCUAUCUGCUGUGGCUUCUUGUAUGGGCUACCGUACAGAUCUUUGUUGGAAUAAUUACCCCAUUCAAACUUGACUGGUGGGGAUCCUUUUUUUCCAUAUUCGUUAGUAUGGUUUUUCUAAUCCCAUACGGCAUCAUUCAAGCCUCUACGGGCCAAUCUCUGGGUUUGAAUAUUUUGAGUGAGUUGCUGAUGGGACUCAUUAUGCCUGGUCACACUAUCCAAAUCAUGACAUUUAAAACUUUGGCUCAAAAUACAAUCAGUCAAGCCUUGACACUUUCUGCCGAUCUCAAACUUGGCCGGUAUCUUCAUAUCAAUCCCAUUCAUAUGGUUUUUGCACAGUUGUAUGGAACAGUUAUUGGCGCAGUGACAAACACGGCGUCGGUGUGGAUCGCUUUAAAGUAUUUCCCUCUUGACACACCAGAUUGGGAAUACACGAGUCAUCAGAUCUUUUUUAAUGCAGGAGCCAUUUGGGGUGCUAUUGGGCCUGCACGUUUCUUUGGCCAAGACUCUCCUUAUUACUCACUCAACCUUGCAUAUUCUCUGGGUCUGGUUCUUCCUGUGAUUCCAUGGGUUCUCAAUCUCAUGAUUCCUCAUCCCUACUGGAGAUACAUACACUUUCCAGUAAUGAGCACUGUCGUCAACUGUGGAAUGUUUCAAUCCGGUAUACUUUCAUCAUUCAUCCUAGCCUUUGUAUUCCAGUUUCUCAUUGUCACGUACCAUCAUACAUGGUGGCAAAAAUAUAACUAUGUGCUUUCCGCUGCAUUGGAUGGUGGAUCUGGAUUGGCUAUUGUAGCCAUCGUUUUGGCAAGUUCAUGGCACGUCAUGCCUUCAAAUGUUCUCAAUGCGCCUCUGUGGAUCGAGAACUCAAUUUAUGCAGUGUUUCAGUUAUUUUAUGCUGAAUUGCAUGAACAGUUGAAAACCAAUGUUUGUGAUUUGUUUGGCCAAGUGAAUGGUCUUGACACGGUUUUGAUUUUGAACAAGGUUCAUGCGAGAUAUGACGAGUUGACGCCUAGUCAGACUAUUGUAUAA